UACAAGCGGCCCAGCAUGGCUGUCCUCAAAAAGAUGGUGAUAAUGUUCUUGAUGGUACUUGGAUUUACAAUAAUCAUCAGUGCAGACGAUUCGUUUACCUGUUGUAUGGGAGGAUGGAAGAGUAUUAGCGACAUUUCUGUCUGUAACGCACCUUGUUGUUCAGGAUAUGAAGAAAAGAUGUCACAACCACCUCUUUUUGCUAAACCUUUGGUUUACUGUGCUAUAACUCCCCAGGAGAAGAACAGAAAGAGAAGACACUGGAAAAAUGUUGAUGAUGCAAAGAAAUUCUUUAUAAACUCUAGUAGAUGGCGAAACCUGUCUCGUUUCCAAUAAAAUAUCACAACUAGGUCGCAGAAGUAAUGAACUACAAGUUCUCGAUCAUAUUUCAGAUUAUAUAGAAUUCGAAUCGUUUGAAAUACUAUGAGGGGCAUCUCUGUUUUCAAAGAAAAGUAAAUGAGUAAUUCAUAUGCAAUCAUUCUGUUGUUUGAAAGUCUAUGUCGUCCUUGAUCUAAUACUUAUUGAUAAUUAUUGUUGGCGUGAAACACUAAACAUCUAGGUUUACUUCAUUAUAUUGAGUCAUCGGAGAUUAACAGUAAAUUUGAUAUUUUGUGUGGGUGUUGGUGUUUAAUUUACUAUUACGCUUGAGGCAAAUUAUGAAAUUGGAUCUGCAUGUUAUAUUUUAUGUUUCCAGUACAUCUGUUGUUUGGGGUUAAUAUGGUU